CGUGUUCUCAGGUCAUGGAUCCAGAUCUCACCAUCGUCCUCCUCGGUAGAACCGGAGUGGGUAAAAGUGCUUCAGCGAACACUAUUUUAGGACGAGCGGCGUUCGAGUCAAAGACUUCCUUCAAAGCGGUGACGACAGGAAUCAGCGAGGAAACGGGACGAGUGUUUGGGAAACUGAUCCGAGUGGUGGACACGCCGGGAGUUUUAGGAUGGGAGCGGCAGCUGAGAAAGCUCUGUGGGGACGUCCUCAGGUCCUCCACACCUCACCUGUUCCUGCUGGUGCUGAGCGUCGGUCGGUUCACCGUGGACCAGGAGGAAGCUCUGAGGGCGGCCGUGAACGCGGUCGGGCCUCGAGGGCUGGAAAAGAGUUUCCUGCUGUUGACGGGAGGAGAUCUGCUGAAGGAUCGGCCUCUGGAGGACUUUGUGCGUGAAGGUGGAGACGGCUCGUUCUCAGAGAUCGUGGGACAGUUCGAGGAGGCGUAUCACCUGUUCAACAACAAAGAUGGAGGACGGGAACAAGUGAGAGAGCUGCUGCUGAAGGCGGGACACCUCCACACAGGUAAGAGCUGUGGAGCAGAACUCAGGAUGGUGCUGGUGGGGAGAACAGGAGUUGGGAAGAGUGCAGCAGGAAACACCAUCUUAGGAAGAAGAGUCUUUAGAUCUGCAGCAGCUUCUGCCUCAAUAACAUCAGUGUGUCAGAAAGAAACAUCUCUGUUUGCAGGUCAGACCCUGACUGUGGUUGAUACUCCACCUCUGUUUGACACCUGUAGAAGUCAAGAGGAGAGUGAGAAAGAGAUCGCUAAAUGUGUCUCCUUGGCUGCUCCUGGUCCUCAUGUGAUCCUGGUUGUGAUCUGGGUUGGCAGAUUCACUGAAGAAGACAAAGAAACACUGAGAAUCAUUCAGCAGAUGUUUGGAGAAGAGGUAGCGGGUUACACCAUGGUCCUGUUCACCGGUGGAGACCAUCUGGAGGCUGAUGGAGUCACCAUAGAGGACAUUAUCACUAAGUAUCCAGCUCUCCAUGACUUCAUCCGUCAGUGUGGACGAAGAUAUCAUGUUUUUAAAAACAGAAGCAGAGAUCCUGCUCAGGUCAGAGAGCUGCUGAAGAAGAUCAACACCAUGGUUCAGAGAAACAGAGGAAGAUGCUACAGCACUGAGAUGUUCAGAGCGGCUGAGAGGAGACUACUUGAGAGAGAAAGUCUUGAGAUGGUGGUACUAGCCUUGAGAAGAGAGGCAGAGACCGAGAAUCAGUCGCAGUGUGUUCUUCACUGA